UAAUCUAAUUUAUUUUCUGUUGGUGUCUAUCUCACGCAUAAUCACCACCUUCUUCAAAUUGUAUAUCUGAAAAAAAUGCAAACAGUACCUAAUGUAUAUGGCACCUCACUUUCUAAAAUCGAACCAUAUGUAUGCGUGGAACCCUAAAGAUUCCGAUUGAUUUUCGCAUCCAUCACCAUACCGAAGCUCAGAUUCUAAUCAAUGGCGGAGGAAAGUGGAGAAAUCAAUGGCGGUUUCUCGAUGGACUCAACCGAAUCACGCUGGGUUUUCCAGGAAGAUGACGAAGAUGAAGAUGUUUCUGAUAUAGAAGAAUACGACGCCGAUUUGAGAUUGAGAGGACGCACUACUGUAGUGGAUUCCGAAGAUGAGGAUAACCUUGAACAAAAACUCAUACGCACUGGUCCUCGAAUCGAUUCGUUCGACGUUGAGGCUCUUGAUGUUCCUGGUGCUCCUAGAAAUGAUUAUGAGGACAUAAGUGUAGGAAAAAAAAUUGCGUUGGCUUUUCAGACUCUUGGUGUUGUCUUUGGUGAUGUUGGAACAAGUCCAUUAUAUACAUUCAGUGUUAUGUUUAGAAAGGCCCCUAUAAAUGAAAAUGAAGACAUUCUUGGAGCAUUAUCACUUGUCUUGUAUACUUUAAUCUUGAUUCCCUUGCUGAAAUAUGUCCUGGUUGUUCUGUGGGCCAAUGAUAAUGGAGAAGGUGGUACUUUUGCGUUAUACUCCUUGAUUUGUCGUCAUGCUAAGGUGAGUCUUCUCCCCAAUCAGUUGGCAUCAGAUGCCCGUAUAUCAAGCUUUAGGCUAAAGGUGCCAUCCCCUGAGCUCGAAAGGUCAUUAAAAAUCAAGGAUAGACUUGAGGGUUCUCUAACUCUAAAGAAGACUCUGCUGAUAUUAGUGCUUGCUGGUACAUCCAUGGUGAUUGCUAAUGGUGUUGUAACACCAGCAAUGUCAGUAUUGUCAUCUGUUGGUGGUUUAAAAGUUGGGAUAGAUGCAAUCGAGCAAGAUGAAGUGGUGAUGAUUUCAGUUGCUUGCCUGAUUGUUUUGUUCAGUGUACAAAAGUUUGGAACGAGUAAAGUGGGACUUGCAGUUGGACCCGCUUUGUUCAUAUGGUUUUGUUCUCUUGCGGGUAUUGGGAUAUACAAUCUUGUCAAAUAUGACAGAAGUGUCUUGAGGGCAUUUAAUCCUAUUUAUAUCUACUAUUUCUUCAAGAGGAACACAACUAAGGCAUGGUAUUCUCUUGGGGGCUGUCUUCUGUGUGCAACUGGUUCUGAAGCCAUGUUUGCAGAUCUUUGCUACUUUUCUGUACGAUCAGUGCAGCUUACAUUUAUCUUUCUUGUUUUGCCGUGCCUGCUACUGGGUUAUUUGGGUCAAGCUGCAUACCUUAUGGAAAACCAUGCUGAUGCUGGUCAGGCCUUUUAUUCUUCUGUUCCGAGUGGUGCAUUCUGGCCAACUUUCCUUAUUGCUACCAUUGCGGCACUUAUUGCAAGCCGGGCUAUGACAACAGCAACAUUUUCAUGUAUAAAGCAAUCAACUGCACUUGGUUGCUUCCCUCGUCUUAAAAUCAUUCACACCUCCAGGAAAUUUAUGGGGCAGAUCUAUAUCCCUGUCCUAAACUGGUUUCUCCUGGCUGCUUCGCUGGUGCUUGUCUGCUCUAUAUCCAGCAUUGAUGAGAUUGGAAAUGCCUAUGGAAUUGCUGAGCUGGGCGUGAUGAUGACAACCACUGUUUUACUAACCGUUGUUAUGCUUCUUAUAUGGCAAAUACACAUUAUCAUAGUGUUGUGUUUUGCAGUAGUCUUCUUGGGAUUGGAGUUGACUUUCUUUUCAUCUGUUCUGUUGAAUGUGGCAGAUGGAAGUUGGAUAAUUUUGGUCUUUUCUGUAAUAAUGUUUCUGAUAAUGUAUAUAUGGAAUUAUGGAAGCAAUCUCAAGUAUGAAACUGAAGUAAAGCAAAAACUGUCAAUGGAUUUGAUACGAGAAUUAGGGUCUAAUCUUGGGACAAUACGUGCUCCUGGAAUUGGUUUGCUUUAUAAUGAGUUGGUCAAAGGAAUACCAGCAAUUCUUGGACAUUUUCUGACUACACUUCCAGCAAUUCACUCCAUGAUCAUAUUUGUGAGUAUCAAGUAUGUUCCGGUUCCUGUGGUACCUCAAAGUGAAAGGUUCCUUUUCCGGCGAGUUUGCCUCAAAAGUUAUCAUAUAUUUCGUUGUAUUGCCAGAUAUGGUUACAAAGAUGUUCGAAAAGAAAAUCACCAGACUUUUGAGCAGAUGCUGAUUGAGAGCCUAGAGAAGUUUAUACGCCGUGAGGCUCAGGAGAGAUCACUAGAAAGUGAUAGGGAUGAAGAUGAUUCAGAGGAUGAGUACUCUAGCUCUAGAGUUCUAAUUGCUCCAAAUGGUAGUGUUUACUCACUUGGGAUUCCUCUUCUUUCUGGUUUUAAGGAUACAAACACCUCUGUUUUAGAAGCAAGCACAUCAGAGGUUUUAAGCAGCACAACCUCCGAGUCGUCGGUGUUUGAUGCCGAGCAGAGUCUUGAGAGGGAGCUAUCUUUUAUUCGCAAAGCUAAAGAAUCUGGAGUUGUUUAUCUUCUUGGUCAUGGGGAUAUAAGAGCAAGGAAGGACUCUUGGUUUAUCAAGAAGCUAGUAAUAAACUAUUUCUACGCCUUCUUAAGAAAGAACUGCAGGAGGGGGAUUACAACUUUAAGUGUGCCCCAUUCACAUCUGAUGCAAGUUAGCAUGACUUACAUGGUUUGAAAGUCAAUUUUACAGCGCAAUGGAAACAACAAUUCAAUUGGAAGCCACUGUGUGAUAGCGGUGAAUCUCGAAGGGUUUUAUUUUGGAAUGCACAGUUCAAUUUGUUUUUGGUUGAUCCUUUCUAGUUGUUUGGUCUUGCUCAUCAUCAGAAAUCUUACUGAUGUUUGUUGUGGCUGCGUCGGCCAUCUUCAUAUACGGAAUCCAAAUAGGCUGAUAAACAUAAGAACAGAUAUGUUAAAAAAAUCGAUACUGACAUUAAGUAUACACAUCUGUUAACAAUUCCACUUCAAUGUGAAUGUACAACUAUAGACACUGAGUCUUGUACAGUGGCAUUGGCCCUUGGUUUUAAUUUUAAUUUAUUAAGGUUCUCAUAA